AUGGCCGAAGAGGGCCAAGGAGCCUCUGCCUUCCCCUCCCAAUACGAUGAGUCCGGCAUGACUUCAUUCGACAGAGUAGAAGCUGAGCUUCGUGGGGAGCAGCUCAAGCUAGUUUGUGACUUGUCCACUGGUUCAAGAGUGGAGGUUGUGUGCAACGUUGGUCACGAUGUCGCUUUUGCGAAGGGCCAAGUGGCGAGACAAACAGAGAUCGAGUACGCACGACUUCAAUUCUACUUGGACGACAAGCUGAUGUUCGACCCGCUCUCCUUCAACGACUUCCCGGCAAUCAUGGCCAAUGCUAGUAAGGAAGUGCAUGUGAGGGUCGAGGUCGCCCCUCCGAUUCCUGAGUGA